AUGUGGCGGCAGAAGGGGCUGCCUGGGCAGCAGGAGGGCGGGGGCGGCGGCACCAGCGUGCUCGCGGGGCGGCUGCUGGCGACCGGCGGGUACGACGGCAAGGUCAAGCUCUUCAACUCCCAGAGCGGCCUUUGCUUCGUGACGUUCGCGGAGCACACCGCGCCCAUCUCGGCGAUCUGCUUCACGCCGCAGGGCAACGCCAUCCUCAGCGCGAGCGAGGACGGUUCCGUCCGGGCGUUCGACUUAUUGCGGUACCGUAAUUUCAGGACGUUUGCGAGUCCAGACGGUUUGUGCCAGUUCUCGAGCGUGGCUGUGGAUUCUGGAGGCGAGAUAGUUGCUGCUAGCUCCAAGGGCGGGAAGUACGCCAUCUACGUCUGGUCCAUCCAGACCGGGAAUGUGCUCGAGGUCCUGGCCGCGCACACCUCGCACGUGCAGUCCAUCCACUUCUCGCCAUCGCCCAGCAAUCCAGGGCAGCUCGUCAGCGCCAGCUGGGACAGCACGCUGCGCGUGUGGGACCUGUACGGCAAGGCGAGGGCGGAGCCGCUGGAUUGCCCCUCCAGCGUCCUCUGUGUGGUCUUUGACCCGCGGGCCAACGACGUCUGUGCCGCGGCAUGCCUCACGGGCCAGGUCUUGUUCUGGAAUGUGAGCAAUGGGACGAACAUUGGGUCUAUCGAGGGCCUGCGCGACAUCCAGAGCGGGCGCCAGUGGGGCCAGCAGUACGCGUCCUCGCACACAAGGGGGGCGAAGCUCGGCAAGGGCCUGAAGGCUGGCCGAGGGAACAGGGCAGUGGCGCCCAAGGCCAAGGCGGGCGCCAAGGCCAGCGCCGAGACGGAGCCCAAGCAGUCGGCGGCGGCCGCGGAGGCGCCCUGGGUGCACGGCGGCGGCAAGCCUCGGCGGGUGCGGUUCCGCGAGGCGGAGGUCGUCGAGAUCAGGGAGGACGACGAGGCCGACAAGCUGGCAGCAGCGCUGCGGCUGCUGGAGGAGCGCGGAGUCCAGCUUGAUGAGGAGGCGCAGAAGAAGCUGGGAGUCGGCAGGCAGGCCGACCCAAGCAAGGCAGGCCCAGAGGCGCCCAAGUCGCACCACGCCACGGUGCAGAGCGCCAUGUGGAAGGUCAAAAACACGGCGGGCAAGCUCGAGAGGUCUCAGCAGAACUUGGAGGCCGCACAGGAGGCGUUGGCGGACGCCCAGCUGGCGGUGGACAAGGCCACGGAGGCCAAGGAGGCCGCAGCCAAGGCCCACGCCCAGGCGCAGGACCAGCUCGAGCGCGCCAGGAGGGUGGAGCAGGCGGGCCUCCCGCCCGAAGCACAGCUCGACCAGCGCGCACAGGACGUCGACAGGCUGGCCCAAGCCACCCUCGGGGCGAGGUACGCCGCCGAGCUCAAGGACCAUUUCGAGGGCGAGGAGGCCGUCCAGGUUACCCAGGCCAUCGAGCUCUUCUCAAAGCUUGCCGCCGCGAGCAAGGCCCGCAUUGAGGCGGCCAAGCGGGCGGCGGAGGUCGAGCGUUUCCUCGAGUCGCACGGCUGCUCCUUGCCCAAGCGCCUGCGCCGCCCAGCGGGCUCCGCUGCAGGCAAAGGCGCGGCCGAGGCAGCAGAGAAGAGCGAGGGCCAGAAGGUCUCGCGUCUGGACGCAGCCCUGAGCCCGCACUACCCAGUGCAGCUGACGCUGGACGGCAAAAAGGAGCCUGAGAGAGCGCUGCGGCAUCGGGCACCAAGGCCCUUUCCCACCGAGCGACCCGAGGGGCAGAGGCGGGAGCCGCCGUGCUGGACAGGCUUGCUUUCGGAGCUGGCGGACGCCAUCGCGGCGGUCGCACCUGGCAGCGCCGCAGGCAACCAGGGCCCGUCAGAGGAUGGCCCCGAGCCUGCCAGGGAGGCCGACGACGCCGCCCCUGGAGGGGCUCCCGAGAACGUCGAGGCCGCCAUGCUGGACGAGUCCUUCGACCAGGGAGGCGGCGAGAGGCGCGAUCCUGGGGGGCCAGUCCCGUCGGGAGCGGCCCCCCAGGAUCCAAGUCCUGGGACUGGCAGUUGGGGGCAGCCUGCGAUAAAUUGCCCUGCUCGUGUGGCGAGCUCCGACGGCCAUGGGACAUUGCCGAGCGGUCUAGGGCCACCCGUCCUGCUGCCACCGUCGGCGUCGGCCGAGGCGCUGCGAGGAGUUCGCGCGUGCUACGACGAGGACUGGACAGAGGUCGUCCAUUCCCUGAAGGGCGACGUGCUGGACUUGCCCCCGUGCGCCGCCACGGAGAGCGAGACCGAGCCUGCAGGGCAGGUCAGCGGCGCAGGCCAGAGGCACUCUGGCGAGGAGGCGGUCGAGUGCGUGGCCAAGGUCGAGCGGCUAGGCCCUGCUGCGGGGCUCGAGGCCCCGCGGGCCACGGGCAGCUGGCCUCGGACGCUGGACGAGCUCUACGCCAGCUUCGCGGCGCUGAUGGAGGAGGACUUGGGCGGCCUUGUCGACAUGAAGCAGGAGGACCUGAUGAAGUGCGCGGGCCGCGGCGAGUCCGCCCGCAUCCAGGAGGGCACCAUCAGCGCCAGCAGGCGGGGGACGCGCGCCCGCGGCUCCCCGCAGGCGCGCACCUGGCACAUGAUCGCGGCGCUGCUUUGGGAGAGGCUGGCCAGCAGGCGCCGCUUGCGGGCGCCGCACCUUGUCUCGAGGGAGCUGGACGUGCUGGCGAGGCUGCAGGCCAAGAUAGUCAAGCUGGCUGCGCAGGACCUGGUAGGCGACAUCGGCCUUAAGUUCCUGUCACCGCUGGACGACCGCGGGCAGUUCAUCGACGCACCAGGCGCGGCGCGCCACGGGCUGUUCGCAUGGCCCGCCAUCGCCUGCUGGGCGCGCGACAUGGGUUCCCAGGAGAUCGCCGACGCAGGCAGGAGGGCGCCGCAGGACGACCUGGGCCUGGUCAGGGGCUUUGUCCACCUCGGACUGGACCAAGCCCCGCCCCCCGGCAUGGACGAGCGCUGCCGUCGCGCAGGCAGCGCGAGGCACGGCUUCCUCGAAGGUGUCAUCUGCAUCGACGGGUCCGCGAUGUACCCCGAGGAGCAACUGAGUGAGCUGAGCCGCCGCCUGGACGCCGCAACCGUGCAAGCAGUGGCCUGGUGCGGCCACCAGACGGGUGGCUGCAUCGUGUUCUGUCGAACAUGCGGGGCCCACGGGAGUCGCCAAGCAAAGUUCCUGGCCGAUCCCUGCGUCCCGCUGGCCAGCAAGGGCCGUGAUGCGGCUCGCCUGGCCCGCCGCGCCCUCGAGUGCCUCAGUGCGGGGUCAGGGGAGAGGUCCUAUUGGUGCAGGCCUCGGGCCGCCUCCCCCCCCCUCCCCCCAACUGGGGCGGCCGGCGGACUCUGCGCCUCGCGGAGCUCCCCGCACGUGGUGCUCUACGACACCACCUCCUACACGCUCGCGGCCCGGCUCACCCUGACCUCGAACCAGAGCCUGAGGAUGGCCGCAGAGGUCCUCCUAGGGAUGGCUUGUUUUGGACUGCUCGCCGUCUUCGGGUCCAGAGAGGGUCUCACGCCAGACUCGUACUGGCGUCAGGCCUGGAAGGCCCACGCCACAGGCCCCGCGGAGGUCUGCCAGCGCCUGUGCCAGCGCCUCCGCGCGAGCAGUGCUCUUGCGGAGUUGGUCCAAGGCCAUCUUCUCCUGCCGCACAGCCUCACACAGAGCUCCUUCGGCGCGAGCGUCCUCGGCGGGGGACGCUGCACCGCCAUCCCUGAGCUGCGCCAGCGCCUCGGCCAUCCGCACGGCGCGCGCCUCGCAAGUGCGGACGAGCUCCUCGGCGGUGCGCUCGUCCUUGCACGCCGACUCAAGGGCAAGCCGUGCUCCGCCGAGAGCUCCUCCUCCAUAAUAUCCUUCAUCACCUCCACCUUCGUGCCGAAGAUCUUCCUGAGAGUCUCGGGCAUCGCCCGGGGCGGCGCCAGCGACAGCGCCUUCUUGGGCGACACCCUCGCCACCAGAAUGCCACGCUGCAUCGCCACCAACUUCAUCAGCAGGGGCGCCGUGGGGCAGGCCAGGCAACACCAAGCUCAGCGCGGCGCCGAGCCUGGACAGCUCCUGGCCGCGGUGGCGGCCGAUCUCCCCGAAGGCCUUGAGGAGAUGGAGGGCCGCGCGGCCCUGCGCACCUGCGUACUGCGCACGGCGCUCGGCAGCUGUCCGAUUCGGGCGGCGCGGCCGCCGCCGGGCACCCGGAUCCAUCCCAGCCGCCUGAGCGGGGACGCGGAGGGCGCGGCCACGCGCGCGGCCAGCGUCCCGCUGCAGACGCUGGACGUCUCCGACAGCGACGAGGAGAACGAGGCAGUGAGUCGGCAGCAGGCGCGGAUCCGGCAGGCCACGUCCCUGCCCGGCGUCGACGUCGGGGAGGCCAAAGACGCGUACAGCGAGGCGCCGCCGCCUCUCUCUGCAUCAAACACUCCGGCGCAGCGGGAGCUGCACGUGUGGGGCGUGGCCUUCUCCGCGGACUCGCAGACGUUCGCCGCGGCGACCAGCCAUGGUGUUUUCGUCCAGAUGGCUGUUCCCCGCCGACCUGUGGGCCCCCCGCGGGCAGCGCGGAUCUACGCCGCGGACAUGGGCUGCAGCACGCCCGGCGCGGCCGCCAGCAUUUACGGCGGCGACGUGGGGCGUUUCGUGCCGCAGAUGCUGACGAAGGCGGUCUCGGCGCCCGCUGUGGUGAAGGCGCUGGAUGCCGGAGACCUGUGCCGCGCGAUGAUACUGGCACUGGCGCUGAACGACUACGGGCUGCUGCGGAGAGUGUACGAGGCCGUGCCCACGCGCGAGAUCCCCGUGAUCAUCGCGUCGGUGGGCGCGCCGUUGCUGCCCGCGCUGCUCUGGUUUCUCAGCCUGGAGCUGAGGCCGUCCAGCGGCACGGCCCACUUCCAGUUCCACCUGAAGUGGGUGGCGUCGGUCAUAGACCUCCACCUCCUCACGCUGCUCGAGAUGUCGUCCGGCAGGAGCACGUCCCGCACCGGCAGUGCGCUCGAGGCCGCGGCGGCGUCGAAGUCGGAUGUGGCUGCGAUGUGCCUGCAGCUGCUGGUGGAGCUGUCACAGAGGUAUGGGGCAAUGUCCAAGACCUUCGACAGCAACAUCUACAUGCUUCGGUAUCUGAGCAACUCGCCCGCGGGCCAGGCCCCGGGCGACGAGGAGGAGCCCGCCGACGCGGAGGCUGCGGGCGUGGCGGCGCCGCCGCCGCCCCGGCCGUCGCUCUUCGAGCAGCUGAUGAACGACAAGAAGGAGGCGCUGGCCGCCGGGGCCGGUGCGCGGGCUGCUCCGCUGGAGGGCGCGGCCAGCGGCGCCACGCGCAAGAAGAAGAGGAAGAACGCGGGAGCUGGCGCCGAGGCGGCCGCGGCGGAGGCAUGCACCCCUGCAGGGCCGGCGGGCAAGCGCCCGAGGAGGCCCGGGAAGCGCGCAGCGGCCGCCGGGGGCGGCGGGCUCCCAGGCUAG